AUGAAUGGCAUCAUCGAGUACGAUCAAAAACUAACAUCACUUCCAAGAUUUUUAUUGAUACGUCAGCUUUCGCAAAACAAAUUUUAUUGGAACAUAAUUUUCAUAUUUACGUUAAUUUAUCAUAUUGUUAUUAUACUCCUGUCUGUGUACAUAAUACCGCCGAAAACCAUAUUUAUUAUCUGUCAAUGCUUUAUUCGGGUUGAGUUCAUCCAGGACGUAACAGUAAUUUUUUCCACAACCUUUUUCCUUCAACAAUUGGAGUAUAGAUUUCAAACGUUGAAUGAUUCUUGGGAAUAUCUUCUACCCGGAUUUCCAGCUGUUCCUAAUGAUUUAACACAACCCGUAACAGGAAUGACACUAGAUAACUUACGGUUGUUACACGCUGAACUAUCUGACCUAUUAAGAAUAUUCAGUAAGGGUUAUGGGCAAAUGCUAUUAGGAUUCUUUGUAUUCAAUUAUAUUAACAUGGUGGCCUGUUUUUUUUUUCAUAUUCUUUUUCCCAUGAACUAUGUAACGGAUAAUGAAUUCAAAAUUUACGAUUUCGCAGUAAAUAGUCUACCAUAUAUUUUCUGGCUGCAAAAUAUGGUAUUCAUUUUAUCUAUUAUCAUUGGUGCUUCACGAGUACAUGAUAAGAAACGGAAGAUGAUAUCUUAUUUACGAUUGAUAAGGAUUUCUAAUUUAUCACCAAAUCUAAAAAUCCAAAUUAAAUUUUUUAUGAAUCAAAUAUCAGUUUUUGAAUCAAGUGAAAUCACGGCUUAUGGAAUUUUCAAUAUAAAUUUAAACCUUGUUAUAUCAAUAAUAAUUUUACUUAUUACUGGUUUAGUAACAAUAAUACAAAUGAAGGAACACCCAAUUAUGUUGAAUAUAAAACAAGAUUUCAAUAAGUUGAUGCAAAAAUUGAUUAACGACACUGCGUGA